GUCACUUCUUCACAUUCAUGUGUAUUUUUAUCUAUUAUACACUAUUCAACUGGUACAAUCAUUCUUUUUAUUAUUGCAUAUAACUGCUAAAAAAAACUGUUUUGUAAAAAGCCAUUUUAACACGAGAAUGUCUUUAAAUGAUCAGAACAUUCACAGCUGUAUUUUUGAUAAGAAAAAGUAACACAUUUCAACAAUCUGAACUGAAACUCUGAUCCUCUCAUCAGACUCCUUUACUUUCUCAGUUGAGCCACUGACUCAAUUUACCCCAGACUUUUGUUCUAGGUUUUGAUCUGAUGUUGUAGCUCAUAGAUACCACAACCUUACUCCACUCUCCCCUAUGCCUUCAAAGAUAUCAAAGGCUGAAGCUACCCAGGGACCCAUGAUACCCAGACAAACGCAACAUAAAAAAAAAUAAACACGUAAACAGGUUUGGUCGGGUGAAAAUCACCUGGCAAUAUUGUUCUAGGGUUAAAAAAAAAAAAAGAUAAAACAAGGCAUACAGCUUCAUGCCCACGACAGAAACCACAGCAGUGAAAUUGCUUCAGUGGCGCCUCCUGGUGGAAAUGAAAUACCGGAUCUGGACUCAGCAGCGCCGAGCUGUCAGGGGGAGCAGAGUGUUGUUAGCCAUUGUCUGUAGCCUGCUAGCUAAACUUACAACAGACGGAAGCAUCUGUCACAUUUAGCCUUGGCAGAAAACACCUGGGUUACAGGUAAAUAGAAACAUUUUAAUAAUAGCCCUAUCAAGUAGAAAUACUUGGUAGAUUAGUGCACUCAUUGGGGAGUCUCAUGAGAAGCUAUCAUGCUAACAAGAUGCUAAAUAGUAGGCCGCAAUUUCCGCUUUUUAAUAAAGACGGAAGAGACAAGACAGCUAAUGUUACCAUUGUUAGCUUCCUGACAACAUCAGUGAAAUACUGGUAUAUAAGCAUAGGUGUCACUUUGAGGAUAUUUAUUUCCUCACUAAAGUGAAAUAAGUCUGGUUUCUGCAGGUCUAAUGUCAGACAAGACUUGUACUCAAGUCGGGUGUAAAACUUUGGCAAGCUAACGCUAAGCUAACACCUACUAGUGUAAUGUUCUUGUUGUCAGAAUACUAUGAAUAAAGUGCCUUCAAUUUGUUAACAGGGCUAAUGAUAAUUAUAUUUUAAUUUAUACUCAUACUGCUCAUGUUUGCAUCAAAGAGGCAACCUGUUUUUGGAGAUCUUAAUACUACGAAUGCUAAAUAAUACUGACACUUGAACAAAAGCAGGUGUAUUUGACUCAAGAAGACAAUCAAUAUUAGCCCUGCUAUAAAUCCUCAUGUCUGUAUGACUUGUCUUGUAUUUGACCAAAGCGCAGGUGUCACUCACAGGAAGAAAGGCACUGAAAUGUCUUAGUUUAACUGCACACAUCUCAGAUUAAGAAUAAGGGUGUCAAGGGUUACUGUGGAUUUGUAAAUUAAAACUAAGCAGACUUGUGAACACCCUGUUUUGUUGAAGCAAGUAUGCAGAUUUAUGUUGUGCAUUAGAAGAGUAGUUCUAAUUUGUUUGCUUUCAUUACCCAUUUACAGACAUGCCAAGUCUAAAGCUGAUAUCUGCAACCGACACACAGUACUCAUCAGCUGUGCUGAAAUCAAUGAACGAGCAAAGGAAUCAUGGCUUAUUUUGCGACGUCACCAUUAUCAUACAGGACAAGAAGUUCAGAGCACACAAAACAAUCCUGUCAGCGUCAAGCACGUAUUUCCACCAGCUCUUCACUGUCGCCGGACAAGUGAUUGAGUUAAACUUCAUCAGAGCGGAAAUCUUCGAGGAGAUUCUCAAUUACAUUUACAGCUCUAAGAUAAGCCGUGUACGCUCUGACAUGCUUGAGGAGCUCAUCAAUGCUGGACAGAUACUAGGGGUCAAGUUUAUUGCAAACUUGGCAUCCCCAUUAUCACAAGUGAAGGGUCUGCCCGGUUUGUCCAAAGAUACUGAAAACAAAAAUGACACAGCUGCAGAGCUGAUGCCGAUUAUCACAGAGUCUUUCUCAAUAUCCGCAGAGGAGUUCAAUCAGACCAGCAAGUCUGCAGGCAAUGAUGAUGAUGACUCGGACAAUGAUGUGAUGUUUGUCUCUAAAACAGAUGCUCAAACCAGAGCAUCAAAUCUGAAAGCCACCUCUGAUGAGGUUAUCGAUGUAGAUUCAGGUGAUUCAGAAAAUGUAGCAUCAGAGCAAAAUAAGGACUCUAAUGAUUCAGGGUCAAAACAGAAAGAGAAAACCAAACCCUCUUUGAAAACGUAUUCUGCAAAGCCUCCGAGUGUCAGUUGUCCAACCCAGAGUUUGCCAAACAGCAGUCCUGUGCUUAGUCCAGACAGCAGCUCAAAUCACUCUCCUGCCCCUGCCAGAGUUUCCUCAGCAAGUUCUCCUGCAACACCAGCCAAGUCGAGCAGUGUCAUCCCCGAGCCCUCCAGUGCCUCCAGUGCGUCUUCUGAAAAUAAUGAUAUAAUGGGAGUCCACAAGAAGCAUGUUGCUACUUCAUCUCAGCAGGGAGAUUUCAAAAUUAGGCUCCUGGAUGUGUCUGAUAGCACCAUGAAUCAAGUAGACAUUCCUAAGUCGGGUAUAACAGCCAAGAAAACAGUGACGCUCAACACAGGUACAGAGAUUGAGUCGAUUUCAUCAGGCUGUAAAGUGUAUGCUAAUAUCGGGGAAGACACAUAUGACAUUGUCCCGGUCAAAGAAGAUCCAGGGGAAGGAGGCUCCAAAGCGAAUAAAGGAAAGAGGAUCCCGAUGCAGACGCCUUUAAAACAGUUAGAUAAAACAACACCAACCAGCCCAAACAGAAAGAGGACCAAGACCGAGCUUGAGGAUCACUACGAGCUAAUCAUGGAUGGGAAGACUUUCUAUGUGUGCAUUGUUUGCAAACGCCCCUACGUGUGUCUGACAAGUCUACGUCGUCACUUCAACACCCAUUCGUGGGAGAAAAAGUACCCAUGCCGCUACUGCACCAAGGUCUUUGCCUUAGCGGAGUACAGAACUAAACAUGAAAUCCACCACACAGGAGAGAGGCGGUACCAGUGCUUGGUGUGCAAUCAAACGUUCAUUAACUACCAAUUACUGUCCACCCACUGCAAGCAAAUCCACGACCAGGACCCCAGUGGGAGGAAGGAGAGGGAUGACAAGGACAACAACUUAUACAGACUGCUUCCGUGUAAAACGGUGCAGAUGAGGUCAUACUCGUGGACUACUGAAGGGGAGGGGGUUCCUGUCAUAUCUGAGGAUGGAAGUGUGCAUCACAUAUCCAGCGUCAGCGAAAACAUGCAGUCCUCGACACAGACCAGGAUGUUGAACUGGGACGACAUCUUUGUGGAACCUGAUGCUAAGAUCAGACCGGAGUCGACCAUGAACACUCCACCGCAUGGAACAACAGAGUUUGACUUUGUUAUACCAGAGACCUACUGAGCUUCACCUGCACUCUGGUACCUGUGCCUUUUAGGUGCCCCUCCCUCCAUUACUGUUUGGUUCAACAUGGAUGAUGGUCCUUUUUUUUUGUGUCAGCAUCAGGUAGUCUCAGAGUUCAGCAGCAUAUGUAGGGGAGUACCUAACUCAGAUUUUGGUAAGUCUCAUAGGAAAUGACUUUUCUAAACUAAACUUCAACUCUUCAUUUCUCUUUUUCUCUGUUUAACCCAGCACCACAGUCCUAUAGCAGUCUCUACAAGAAGCAGGUUUACCUGACUGGAAUAAGCAGCAAAGAUGUCGGAUCUCAAAAUGUUUAUAUUCAAAUUAAGUUGGAUGUCAGGUCUUGUUCCCUUCAUUUAUAACUCCAUCAGAAUGAAUGAGGGCUUUCGGUAAAUAAAGGGCUCUUGGAAGCCAAAGUUCACUUGAAGAACAGCAGAGAGACCGUUUUGAAAAUGAAUCUGCAUAGUUAAUAUUUUUACAAGUUUGAGAGAAUGAAGCCUCUGCAGAUUAAUUAAAGGGAUAUUCCGGCGUAAAAUUAAUUUACUGUCAAACACACUGGAACAACAAGUUAGACACACCCUCCAGAGAUGAAUGUUGCCAACUGCUUGCUUUUCUAGUUAUACCAGCUUGAGUAACGACUGCAGGAUAGCAAUACACAACGGUUUGAGGAGCCACAAACAAACCUCAACCAAAACGCCACUCUAUAGCCACAAAUAAAGUUCAGAACAGCACCUAACUUCAUCAACAGUACAUAUAGGGUCCCAACCACAGUACUAGUCACCAAACGUCUUGUUAACUUUGCCUGAUUUCUUUAGCCAAGAGACUAAACACAACUCACCUACUCUCUUCCAGCAGCCGCUUGUUUGUAGCGAGACCUCAGGCCAGUCCAUUGCAGACUACAGUGGGGUGACGCAGCUCAAGGUAGAACAUGGCUCCUCAGACCGCUGUGUAUUGCUAUCGUGCCUUCGUUACUAAAGUUGGUAUAACUAGAGAAGCAAGCAGUCAGCAAAAUUCAUCCUUCAAGGGGGUGUAUAACUCGGUGUUGCGGUGUUUGUGACCCUAAAUUAAUUUUACGCUGGAAUAUCCCCUUAAAGAAAAUGGGAAUGAACGCCAAAGAGUCUUUAAAAACAAACAUUCAUGUUGAGACUCAGCCUGUCAUGCAUCCGCUCAUGUAGUGCUCCACAUACAAAGUAAGAACCAGAGAAAAAGGUCCAAGAAAUGAACUGUCAAUUUUAAGUUGACUGACAGUCCUCUCAACUAAUGACCUGAAUCAGCUUUUCAUGAAAAGACCAAGAAAUUCGUAGUGUACUGCUCUUUUUAGGGUGUGAGUUUAUACUGGGCUAACAGUAGAGCCGCACAGUUCGAGGUGAUGAAAUGUGAACUCAAACCUGCCAGCCAGGGGUGCAGCUAAACAAAAAGUGAACGCUCGAAAUAGUCACAGAUUACCGCUUUGAUCCGAGGAAGGAAGAGGACAAAAAGUGGCAGGUCACUUUAAAUAGUUCUCACUCUGCUUGUGAAAUCGCCUCGAUCUUUGUUUAAUCAUUAAUGAUCGGUGCAUUAGCAAGAAAUAUUAUUCAUGCAGAAGUGGUUUAUAAACAGAACAUUGCAAAAAUAGUCUGGUAUCUAAUGAAGAAAGAUUUAAGUGUUGCACUGAAGGAGCUGUGCUGUUUCACCACCAGGUCAUCUCUCCAGAAUCAGUCAAUGGAAAUAAGAGACCCCCUGGGCUCUGUGUGGUAAAAUAGAAACAGGGUCGCCUAUAUAAGUUGGUUUUCUGUGUCACCAGGUGACACCUCUUCUUUCAAAUGCAUCUGUAAUUUAAAUAUUUUGCAUAACUCACAGCAUGUGCCCCCAAGAUGAAAUAAUGUUGAUGAAAGUCUGUAAUAAAAUCUGAUCAUUCCAGUGUUUUAUGUUUGAGACUAUUUAAAAUUUAUUUCUGUUCAAAGGAAAGUUUGAAUGUUAUUUUAAAUAUAUUUUGUUAGAAAUUUGUUCAUGGAUUAUUUCAUUCCACAUUGGUUUGGAGAACUCUUUUUGUCCAGGAAGUAACCUUAGUGUCAGUUUAACACACCUGCGCAUUCUCAUGUCUGUUUGCUGCAUUUUUAAUCAUGUUGGUUGUAAAACCUGCCGACCUAACAUAGUCAGGAUUUUGCUCAUAAUUGUGAUGAUAGAAUUGAUAUAAGCGGGGGUAACCACACUGGGUUCAUCUAGCACUUAGCUUCGGAGCAGACAGAAGACUUUGUAAAAAAUGUUUCUUUACACUUUGUUUUUUCAUUGUUGUCAAACUGUAGUGAGUGAUGAGUCUGAUUGAACAAUCAUGUGUGAUAACAUGGAUUCAUGCUGUCAUCAGUCAAUAAAAUCAUACAGGUUGUUUUUUAAAUAACAGGUAAACAAUGGAGUGUGAUGUACAGUGUUUCUUUGGGUUGAUUUCUCACUAUUUUAUUGUCAGGUGAAUUUACGAUGUUUGUAGCUGUAGAAAUAUUUAAAUAAUCAGUUUUGAUGCCAUUUCAUUGUACGAAAUCUCGUUUUUUUAUGCUUGUUUUCUAUAAUGAUUCCCUGAUAGUAAAAGUAUAAUUUAUUAACAAUCUUCAGUUCUUUUAUGUAGCAAUGAUUUUGAUUUUCAUUUCAAUCUAAAUCACAUCCCUUGCAAUUCUUACAUGAGCCAAACAAGCCUCAGGUGUAGUUGAGAGAAACAAGACAAUACAUACUCACGCUAGCAUUACAUUGCAAUUCAUAGUUUUUUUUAGGUUUAGAGUUAAAACAGAAGAUGGCGCCAAAGUUUUUUGCACAAUCCCAACCUCACCAGUCUUUAGUCUUCAGUCUUAAAUAACAGGGAUCAACAAAAUCUCUAGGGUUCAUUGAUUUGUUAACAUUUUUGGAAAUUAACGCCUCUUUCCUCUCAGUUGAGAUAUUUCGGCUCAACAUUCGCAGAGCCACACUCGAGGCUGGAUUGAAGAGCAGCAAAUCCCAUUUCAAUUACACAAAACAUGUUUUAAUGGCAAAACAAAAAGGAGCUGACAAUCAGCCCCUGAGGACAUGUUGAAAUUAUAAAAGCAGUGAUAAAAGCUGAAGGGGGUUACUUUCAUUUUCACUUACCCUCAGUUGGUUCUUACUUUUUAAACGCUAUGAUCCCCUCUUCUCCAUGUCAGUGAAUCCAGCACUGACUUCACAAUCACUUUUACUAACUACAACACAUUCAGCUCCUAGAUAAGACAUGACUUUACAAAGAGAGAGACGGUAUAUUUUUGCCUGAAUUGCAGCUCUGUGAAAAUACAAUAAAUAGUGUUUGUAGAGUAACUGUUAACAGUCCUGACUUAGCUUCUAAGGCUGGAUAACUUUGUUUUUUUUUUUUUUAUAUAAACAUUGCUCUGCAAAGUUCACCAAACACAGAUUAAGAUAUGUCUGAACAUAAAGUGAAGAGUUGAUAAAUAGAUACCAUGAUCUGUUUGUAUACCAUAGGCUUAACUGUUGAAAGAGCAUCUGUAUAUCUUACUGCUGUACAUACAUUAUGAUCAUCUAGGAGCUCCGUUGCUGCUAACGUUGCUGUGUUAUACUGCACAGUGACACGAUUUACCGCUGAAGGAACAACUGCUUGAGCCGACAUCUUUACAGUGCUGAAUUUUCAAGCUGAUUCAGAUUCAGAAAGCGCUCAUUUAACUCUGUGAAAGGAUCUGCUAAUGAGUCCGUCCAGAUCUCCAAGGAGAAACAAUGAGGAUGUUAUUAUUACCUGUGCCACCUGCAGCCAGUGGAAUCUACAAUACGUGGGGUAACAAAAAGCCCGAACUGUGAGAGUUUUUCACCAUGUACAGAGUAAGUCCAGCUGACCGUGAGCUGCAGCGCUGAAAGUCUGUUUUGCAUUAAGGCAGUUAGAUGUG